AUGCAACGCCGCGCUGCGAUUCAGCAGCUGAGGGUGGCCCGGAGCGCUGCCGGGCGAGCCUCCCAGCCCUUGUCGAGGCUGAGCGCAUCCCGGUGGCAACUCGGCACCGUUGCAGGCCGCCAUCAUAACAAGAGCCAGCUGCUGAACUGCACACCCCGUCUGGCGGCCUCUCGGAGCUUCAGUCUCACGUCUUUUCGGUCCAGUAGCUUUGAAGAUGAUGAUUCGCGGACAGGCACAUACAACGAAGCCGAUCACGAGCAUGCCGUUAUCUCGACCUUUGAUCUCUUCUCCAUUGGCAUUGGGCCCUCCUCAUCUCACACCGUCGGACCUAUGCGGGCAGGCAACAUCUUCGUCUCGGAUCUCCAUGAGGCUGGACUGCUUGAAAAGGUCGACAGGAUACGCAUAGCGCUAUAUGGCAGCCUGGCUCUCACUGGUGAGGGUCAUAUGACGCCGUCUGCUCUCCUGCUUGGCCUCGAGAGCGCAGAUGUCGAGACAGUUGAUACGGCCUAUGUGCCGAAGCGCUUUGAGCAGAUCAAGAAGGAAAAGAAGCUCUUCUUGGGCCAGCAGCUCCCAGGUGGCAAAGGCAAGGAGAUUACGUUCGACUAUGAGCGUGACUUCAAGUGGGAGUGGUCCAAGAAGCUCGCUCUGCAUAGCAACGGCAUGACUCUCAUGGUAUUUGACAAAGAAGGCUACAUGCUGGCGACCAAUGACCUGUUUAGCGUUGGCGGCGGGUUUGUUGUCAACGGUGCCUUGUCUAUCAACAGGCCGGAUCCGUCCAAUGCACCGUCAGAUCAGGGCGCUGGUCAGGGAGCGUCCGACCUUGGCUUGCAAAAGACAGAAGGCACUGGCGGACACCCGCUUGAUCUUGCGGAAAAUAUGUACUACAAAGAGAUCAGGAGGACGGAUGCAGCAGGAGAUCGGCGGACUGGAAGCGAGAUCAAACUGUUGGAGGACAAUGAGGAGGAGUCAGCCUUACUCACGUCUGGCACUGACGGUGGCCGCACGCCGCCUCCUGUCACCUCUUCCAAUGGAGAUGCCCAGCCUUCUGAGGGCGUGCACGGGAAUCAGCCGCGGUAUCCUUUCAGAGACGCAAAGAGCUUGUUAUCGCUGUGUGAUAAGCACAAUCUGACGAUUGCGCAACUGGUGUAUGAGAACGAAAAGAGCCAUGGUUACUCAGACGAAGAGAUUCGGGACAAGCUGUUUCGCAUCUGGGAGGUCAUGGACAACAGCAUCUUGGAAGGUGUUCAAGCCUCACCAGACUCACUACUGCCAGGCAGUCUGAAGCUGCAUAGGCGAGCACCGGCAUUGUAUAGGCGACUCACGAGAGGACUGUAUCCCUCACAUACCACCCAGGCCAGCAUUGGGUCAGAGGCGGCUCAAGCUCAGCUACUCACUGAAAACAAGACAGUACCGCCGACUUCAGAAACCUCAGGCUCCUCAGGCUUGACCACGAACUCAGUACCGCCUUCGUCAGGUCGAAAAGGCGUCACUGUCAGGAGGAAUUUGCCGCUCCGCACACAUGGAUCCUUUUCUCAUCCCGUAUUACCAUCUCCGCGAAGACGCACUACGUUUCCUGCCAUGGACUAUCUUACUGUGUAUGCCAUGGCAGUCAACGAGACCAAUGCAGCAGGUGGACGCAUCGUCACCGCUCCCACGAACGGCGCAGCGGGCAUCAUACCCGCCGUGCUCAAGUACACGAUUGAGUUCGUCAGCGAUGACCCGGAGCGUGACAUUCUCUCCUUCCUCCUCACAGCUGCCGCUAUCGGUAUGCUGUACAAACGCGGCGCCACCAUCUCAGCAGCAGAGGGCGGAUGCAUGGCCGAGGUCGGCGUGGCCUGUUCCAUGGCAGCUGGAGCAUUCGCAGCCUGCAUGGGCGCAAGUCCGCAGACAAUCGAGCAGGCGGCCGAAAUUGGAAUCGAGCACAACCUGGGCUUGACCUGCGACCCCAUCGGAGGGCUGGUUCAGGCGCCGUGCAUCGAGCGCAAUGCUCUGGGUGCUAUCAAGGCUAUUUCGAGCGCCAACCUGGCUCUCAGCAGCGAGACUGGCACGCAAAAGGUGAGCCUGGAUGAUGCCAUUCAGGCUAUGCGCCUGACGGCCAAGGGCAUGAGGAACGAGUUCAAGGAGACGAGCUUGAGCGGCCUGGCUACGAGCGUGCCGGUGGAGAUUCCUGUCAGCGUGCCGGACUGUUGA